CCGCCCCCGCAGCGCCCGCUUCCAAGAUGGCUGCAGCGGUGCCUGCCCGGCUGUCGGAGUGGCGGUGACGACGGGAAGCAGAAGACCAGGUAUGUGGGCUGGGGAUGGUGGGAUGAGAGGCCCAGGAGAAAGGUUCGGGCGAUCGGGAAGGUGAGAAGUUUUGGGUAAAGGCUAGAGACAACAUUGAGCAGGCAGGAGGACCUAGGUGCCAAUACGGACAGAGGCCGGUGGGCUCACAUUGCAAGAUAGGGCAAACGCAAGAAGAGGUUGGGGCGGGAUGAGGGUGCUCUGAAAGAACUGGGCUGUAACCCCCUGCAGCGCGCUGACCACGCCCCUCUAGGUUAGCUAGUCCAGGUACUUCUGACAGGUUCUGCCUAGCCCUCCCUCUCCCUAUCUCAUUUCACCGAUAACCCUGAUCCCUACUCCCGCUUGGACUGGGGAAAGGUGGAAAAAGGUAGAGGACGCCACCCCCACCCUACUCCGCCCAGCGCUCUAGGCUUGUUUGCUUGCAGCUCCCAGGUGGUCACGCUCCCUGCACCUGCGGAGCUAGCUUCCAGAAACGUGAAGAACGGAAAGUGGCCUGUUUCCUCCACCUCCCUGGGUUCUCUUGAGGCCACUCACAGCCCUGUUGUGCCUGCCUCACCCCUUGGCGAAAGUAAUGUCUCCAAUAACUGCCCUGUCCCCACUCUCCAAACAGGUUGGUCCUGUUGGGAUGGGGGAUGGUUAAAUACGGAGUGACUCUGACACACCACAGGGUAACCCGGAGGAGAGGCCAGGGACCUAGCAACUCCUGCUCCUCCCCUUUUCUUUCCAACCACUUUCUCUCACUUCCCCAGCUGGGAAACCGGCUUCACUCUGAUCCUAAUUUCUGCCCCUCUGCGUGUGGCUGGUUAUCGUUGACCUCUGUUCCAGCUGGUCCCAAGAUCGCUUUUGGAGUUCUGGAUGGAGCCUUUCUCUGUCCUCUGUGACAGUUCCAAUUUUAGAUAAUGUCUCACAUCACUGCUCCCCCGGGACCCUCUGGAGCCCCCAUGAAGACACCUUGAACCUAGGUGAGUCUAUCCCCCUCUAAACCUGGAAGAGAGGUUCUCCAGAGAAUCCUCUGAAAUGGCCUUGGGACAUGAUGUAAGCAUUCUUGGGGGUGGGGACUGAGAACAGACGGCCAGAGCAGUUUGAGGAAGGGGUGGAGGAGAGUGAAACUUGGGCUGGAAGUGACAGGUGGUAGGGCUGCUGGUGGUUGCAUUCUAUUUCUUUCUGUACAUCUGUGUGCUCCAUUCUGUGACUUUGUUCUUUGCCACUUUUUCCUCUUUACCCCUGGCACCACCUUCAUUCCUACCUGAUGAUCUCUCUGUUGGUUUCCUCUCUUCCUGCCUGCCCCAGAACUCUCCUCUCUCCCUCUCCAGACCUCACCCCAGGAUGUUGCGGCGGCUGCUGGAGCGGCCCUGCACAUUGGCCCUGCUUGUGGGCUCCCAGCUGGCCGUCAUGAUGUAUCUGUCACUGGGGGGCUUCCGAAGCCUCAGUGCCCUAUUUGGCCGAGAGCAGGAGCCAACAUUUGACUAUUCUCAUCCCCAUGAUGUCUACAGUAACCUCAGUCACCUGCCUGGGGCCCCUGUUGCCCCAGGAGCCCCUCCAGCUCCUCAAGGUCUGCCCUACUGUCCAGAACGAUCUCCUCUCUUAGUGGGUCCCGUGUCCGUGUCCUUUAGCCCAGUGCCAUCGCUGGCAGAGAUUGUGGAGAGGAAUCCGCGGGUGGAACCGGGGGGCAGGUACCGCCCUGCAGGGUGUGAGCCCCGGUCCCGAACAGCCAUCAUUGUGCCCCACCGUGCCCGGGAGCAUCACCUACGCCUGCUGCUCUACCACCUGCACCCGUUCCUGCAGCGCCAGCAGCUCGCUUAUGGCAUCUAUGUCAUUCACCAGGCUGGAAAUGGAACAUUUAACAGGGCAAAGCUGUUGAAUGUUGGGGUGCGGGAGGCCCUUCGUGAUGAAGAAUGGGACUGCCUGUUCUUGCAUGACGUGGACCUCCUGCCAGAGAAUGACCACAAUCUGUAUGUGUGUGACCCCCGGGGACCCCGGCAUGUUGCUGUUGCCAUGAACAAGUUUGGAUACAGGGUACGCCUGGCUGGGAUGAAGAUCUCUCGCCCCCCCACAUCUGUGGGACACUAUAAGAUGGUGAAGCACCGAGGAGAUAAGGGCAACGAGGAAAAUCCCCACAGAUUUGACCUCCUGGUCCGUACCCAGAAUUCCUGGACGCAAGAUGGGAUGAACUCACUGACGUAUCAAUUGCUGGCUCGAGAGCUGGGCCCUCUCUAUACCAACAUCACAGCAGACAUUGGAACUGACCCUCGGGGUCCCCGGAUGCCCUCUGGUCCCCGUUACCCACCUGGUUCCUCCCAGGCCUUCCGUCAGGAGAUGCUGCAGCGCCGGCCCCCAGCCAGGCCUGGCCCUCUGCCUACUGCCAACCACACAUCCCCCCACGGUUCACAGUGACUUCUUCCUGCCUAUCUUAAUCAUGAAACUGAAUCAGAGAGGUUGUAUUCUCCCCACCCUCAGCUCCUCACUGCUCUUAGAGGGAUGUGGGGGAACUGAACUCUAGUGCUGUGCUGUGGGCAGAGGCCUCUCCUCACUGCUGAACUGGAGCUGAGCUCCUCUAGCCCUGGGGGGGGUCCCUAUUUCUAGGGUCACCUGCCAGGGCUUAUGACUGUGAAUCCUUGAUGUCAUGAUUUUAUGUGAUGACUCCUGAGAGUCCCCUGCCCAUGGGGUAGGAGCAGGGCUGGACCCCAAAUCCCUUCCUCUUCCAUGGAGAGAAGAGUGACCUGGCUUCUUCUGGGACUUCUGUGAAUAUUUAUUCUAUUUAUGGUCCCCAGGAAGUAUGUCUGAAGGAAGCCCCUCCCUGGGUACUUUGUGCCAGUGCUGGAGUAGCUCCCUCUUCUGGACCUGGCUCAGGAGGCUGGGAUUUUGAUAUAUUUUCUAAUAAAGGACUCUGUCUCA